CCACUGGAAGAUUGGAGUUGUUUGGGCGUAGGAGGUAGGCAUGAAGACUUGUCUUCAGUCGCUCCAUCAGAAGAACAGGCAGUGGUGACUUGUCUGGCAGUAAAGCCACUCCUUUACACUGGACAAUGUUUGGAUGGCUGAGCUGCAGCAUUGUGAUCACCUCUCCGCACACUUUGGUUGCUAAUGCCUGAAGCUGCGAAGUGGCGGACACUCUGAACACCUUCCCAGCCACAGUCUCCCCCGCUGAUGUUAGUUCGAUUACCCAGCCGUAGGUCCCACUCCCUAGGACCUCUCCAGUUGGCUUGGCUCUCCUGGUAUAGCGUUUCAGUUGGGUUUCCAGUGUAGUCAUUAGCGUAGCUUGUGCACCAGCCAGUUGUGUGGGAUCAUUAUCGUCUAGCUCCUCCGAUUCCUGCAUCGUGAAAGGUCAAGCUCGCUCGAUGAAGACACAGAAGAAGCUAGCUUGAGCCUCGGCUUGAGCGGUCCGCGGACAGACAGACACACCCCCACACAUACCGCCCAGCUGUUGACACGCCCCCUACUGCACGUCCACACCGACCUCAGGUGUGCUGCGUGCUGUGUGAUAGGAUGGCAGCGGAGCAGGCGCUGCGUGGAGUGUUGCAGUUUGGGUCUCACGUCAUACCAAGAGCACAGGUUUUCCUCCUCACCCCUCUCUCCUUUGCCUUCACCAACCGCAAACCCAUCCUCCCUGGACAUGUGCUGGUGGCCACUAGAAGACCAGUGGAGAGGUUCCAGGACCUGUCAACCGAGGAGGUGGGAGAUCUGUUUCACUGUGCACAUCGGGUAGCCCCUGUCAUCAGCAGGAUAUUUGGUGGCACCAGUCUCACCAUAUCAGUACAAGAUGGACCAGAUGCAGGGCAGACAGUGAAGCAAGUUCACGUCCACAUCAUCCCGAGAAGACCAGGAGACUUUCAGAGAAACGAUGACAUCUAUCAUGAGCUAGAGGAACAUGACUCGGGAGUUGGGUCAUCGGAGGAGGGAAAGUUCCGCAGCCACAAGGAGAUGACGGAUGAAGCUGCAAGACUCGCUGUCUACUUCCCCGACCCACAUUAGCACACUCACACACACAACAUGAUAUUCAAUGUUCUUCACAUCAUAAUUUAUUGAUCAACUAACUCUGAGAAAAAAAUUCAAAAAGGGGUGACUUGACUGUAGACACGUGAACACAAAACUGAAAGGUUUUUCUCUAUUCAUCGACAGCAGGAGUGUGCGCGGAUCACUCUGCUGUCUUCUCAAUAAACUCGGCCAGAGUGAUGUCUCUCUGAGACAGCCCCUUGCAGUCGUGGGUGCUCAGAGUCACCUCCACGCGGUUGUAGACGUUGAACCACUCGGGAUGGUGGUCCAUCUUGUCCGCCUUGAGCGCCACGCGAGUCAUGAACCCGAACGCCUCGUUGAAGUCUUGGAACUGAAACGACUUUUUGAUGGCGUCCCGACCGUCCACCAUUUCCCAGCCAGCCGUCUUCAGGUGCUCCAGCUGCGAAGCUCGCUCCUCGUCCGAGAGCUUGAUGCGCUUGGCGUUGGGGCUAGUAGUCAUGGUUCUGGCUCGCAAGACCUGCAACAGAGCUCUUCUACUGGACAUGCAAAAGGCGCGGAAAUUCUAUAUGGAGC